UAUAUCCGGUGUCCGCCCGCCCUCAGCGCUGCUGUCGCGAUGCUGUCCCGGUCCCGCUGCGUGUCCCGGGCGUUCAGCCGCUCGCUUUCCGCCCUCCAGAAGGGGAACUGCCCUCUAGGGAGACGCUCCCUGCCUGGGGUCUCCUUAUGUCAGGGACCAGGUUGCCCUGACAGCAGGAAGAUUGUCAUUAACAACACUAGUGUCUUCAGUGUUCGCUUCUUCAGAACUACAGCUGUGUGCAAGAAUGAUGUGAUUACAGUCAAAACGCCAGCAUUUGCAGAAUCUGUCACAGAGGGAGAUGUCAGGUGGGAGAAAGCUGUUGGAGACACAGUUGCAGAAGAUGAAGUGGUUUGUGAGAUUGAAACUGAUAAGACAUCUGUGCAGGUUCCGUCACCGGCCCAUGGCGUGAUUGAAGCUCUUUUGGUACCUGAUGGGGGGAAGGUUGAAGGAGGCACCCCUCUCUUCACGCUCAGGAAAACUGGUGCUGCUCCUGCUAAGCCCAAGCCAGCUGAAGCCCCUGCUGCAGCCCCAAAAGCAGAGCCUGCACCAUCAGCAGCUCCUCCUCCCCCUGCAGCCCCCAUGCCCACUCGGAUGCCACCCGUGCCCUCGCCCUCACAACCUCCUUCCAGCAAACCGGUGUCUGCAGUAAAACCCACUGCUGCUGCUCCACCAGCUGAACCAGGUGUGCGGACCGAACAUCGGGAGAAAAUGAACAGGAUGCGGCAGCGCAUCGCUCAGCGUCUGAAGGAGGCCCAGAACACGUGUGCGAUGCUGACGACUUUCAAUGAGAUUGACAUGAGUAACAUCCAGGAGAUGAGAGCUCGGCACAAAGAGGCUUUUCUGAAGAAGCACAACCUCAAGCUCGGCUUCAUGUCGGCGUUUGUGAAGGCCUCGGCCUUCGCCUUGCAGGAGCAGCCGAUCGUGAAUGCCGUGAUUGAUGAUUCAACCAAAGAGGUGGUGUACAGGGACUAUAUUGACAUCAGUGUUGCGGUGGCCACACCACGGGGUCUGGUGGUUCCUGUCAUCAGGAAUGUGGAAACUAUGAAUUAUGCUGAUAUUGAACGCACCAUCAGUGAACUGGGAGAGAAGGCUCGAAAGAAUGAACUUGCCAUUGAAGAUAUGGAUGGAGGUACUUUCACCAUUAGCAACGGAGGUGUUUUCGGCUCGCUGUUCGGAACACCCAUUAUCAACCCCCCUCAGUCUGCCAUCCUGGGCAUGCACGCCAUCUUUGACAGGCCAGUGGCCGUGGGAGGCAAGGUGGAAGUGCGGCCCAUGAUGUUUGUGGCAUUGACCUACGACCACCGGCUGAUUGAUGGCAGAGAGGCUGUGACUUUUCUCCGAAAAAUCAAGGCAGCAGUAGAGGAUCCCAGAGUCCUCCUCCUGGACCUUUAGGAGGAAGCCACACGCCCUACAAAUCGACCAUGCAGGAACUGAAAACCAGUCUUCUCCCUGUCCCCUGUGGGUCCUGGGUUAGCCUGGUGACAGGCAGGCACAUGCUGUUGGCCUCGAAGCCAGGGCACUAUGUAAACCAGCAGUCACAGGUCUUCUCUUGGUUUCCUGCCGGGCUCUCUCUCUCUCUGCUCACUCCUCUUACCCUCAGAUACCUUACAUCCUUAGGCUUGUAGAGAGGGAGAGAGCCUUCGUGGAUGCACGCUGAUACUCCUGCCUUUCCGCCAGCAGCCCUCUGCAGAGACCCGGCAGUGUGCCGGUGGGAAGUCCCUGUGUGAGAGCCUGCUCCAGACGUCCGGGGGUGCCUGCCUCCGCUCAGGAGCCUCUCCCGCUGCGCACCUCCUCACUGGAUUCCAGCUGCGUGCAGGUUUUGAGCACAGGCCGAGAAGGGCUGCUUUGCUGCUUCAGUGGCGCUGUCAUUCUCGGCUGUGGUUGGUUUUAAGGUGCCUCUUCUACCUCUGCAGGAAGCACAUGCCAGGGGAUCUGGAUGGGAGGGGUGGGGAGUGAGGGGUCCCCUGAGGCCCUGUGUUAUAAACAGAAGUCGGGGCAGGGCCCGGGCUGCCUUCAACAGUUGUAGGCCCACACCAGGAAAACUUGUUUUGGCACAGUCACAGCUGUGGUCAUGCCAACCCUCUCCAGGCUGCUAGGAACCACUCUGGAACAUUGAUGUCAUUUAGAGCAGAUUCUAGCGUAUCCUGGUCGUGGGACAGGGUGUGGGACAGAGGGUGCCCUGGUGGAGCCAGGGGAGGGGAGGCUUCCUCUGGGCCAGCUCAGGUUGACUGGUGCUCAGACUCCAGCUGGCAUAAACACGUGGACUGGGCGGCCCUUCUCAUCUUCCUGCUGUGGCCUGGGGAGGGGAGGGCCUGCUGUUUCCUGCAGGACACAGAUCUCGGGGUGGAGAGGACAGAGGGGCAACCAGCCUUAGGGUGUUCGUAUAGCCUGGUGAAAUACUGCUGGUGUCUCUGAGGGACUGCCCCGUGGGUCUGGGCACAGCACGGAGAAUGCUCUGGGGCUCCAUGACUCCAGCCAGAUCCAGGCCUGAGGCCGCUGACACUUGACACCGGGGCCAUCGGUUAGUGAGCAGCAGACUUUGUAUCUUGAGCCAAGAAGCAAGACCUGGAGGUGGGGGAGGGGGCAGGGGUGGGAGCCGAUACUGAGUGCCUGCAGCAUCUACGACUGUCUUCACAGCUCAGAACUUGUAACUAAAAUAUUUAAAGAAUCGGAUUUUGAAUGAAAAUUAAAGGGCAAAUGUUCUCAAACGAGG